AUGUGUGGCGGGCGAUGUGGUAAAGGGUGCGGGGGGGGCAGGCGCUCGCGUCCGUCCGCCCGCGCCGCCACCGCAUCAUCAGUUCGCGUUCGAGACUUACUCGCGACGCUCGUCUGCGAAGUCGUUCCCUCAGAUACGCUGCUGGUUUACGGAGUGCCGAUUUUUGACGACGCAACCAGUUCCGGAUCAGCUCAGCCGAUUGCCGUAAUGAAAGUAGUUAGUUUACAAUUGCCAUCGGGACCAAGCAUGGAGCGGCUCCCGCUGCCAUUCAGUCCGACGGAACUCUUGUGGCGGUAUCCAUUACCAUGGGCACCUCCUCCGCUCUCACCUCUAGGAGACGCCAAAGCGCAACUGCCAGCGGGUCUCCCUCCAGAACCCAGACUAUGGACGAGGGAAGAUGUGGCUGUUUUCCUUAAGUGGUGCGAAAGAGAAUUCGAUUUGCCGAACUUCGACAUGGAUCUUUUCCAAAUGAAUGGUAAGGCUUUAUGCCUUUUAACUAAAACGGAUCUAGGAGAACGUUGCCCUGGCGCCGGUGACGUGCUACAUAAUGUCUUGCAAAUGCUCGUCCGCGACGCGGCACUAUUAGGUCGAGUCCCAUCUUCUCCGGUGACACCGACGGCACGAAAUGCUCCAUACCCACCUUCCCCGCAUUCACACCCACCGACACCAACGUGGGCGGUCGCAGACGGUUUCCACCACUUCCACAGUGCGGCUGCCGCAGCUGCUGCCCAGCCAAAUUCUGUAACCUUGAGUCCAGCCCCAUCUGUGGAUAGUUCGGGAAGCCCUCAACGCGGCGAGUCUAUGAGUUACGCGCCAUCGUAUGCACCUCCAGUACCCACACAAACAGGAAGUUCUGGAAGCAAUCAGUCCGAUUCAGACGAGGAAGCUAAAUUUGCUCCUCCACCUCAUUCACCUAAAGACACGCCUUUACCGAGUCCGGCCCCACAACCUCACGCAGUAGCGCAACACUCACACUUUCGGACACAACAUAGAGAAUUUUUCCCGAAUGAUAUGCCAGAAUCUAACACAAACGGAAGACUUUUAUGGGAUUUCCUGCAACAACUCCUCAACGAUCCUACCCAGCGAUACACAAAUUACAUUGCAUGGAAGAAUAGAGACACGGGUGUUUUCAAAAUUGUUGACCCUGCUGGACUAGCUAAGCUUUGGGGAAUUCAGAAAAACCAUCUAUCAAUGAACUACGACAAAAUGUCUCGGGCAUUGCGAUACUAUUACCGCGUAAAUAUAUUACGCAAAGUUCAAGGAGAGAGGCAUUGUUACCAGUUCCUUAGAAAUCCAACUGAACUUAAGAACAUUAAAAAUAUUUCCUUAUUAAGGCAACAAAUGAGCCCAACACGUGUAGCUCAGCAGCAACAGCAACAACAGCAGCAGUCUUUAGUGAAGGCUGAAUUAAAGGAAGAACGUUGCGAAGAUGACCACGUUGAAGAAGAUAUGCCAACAGAUCUGAGUAUGACGGCCACAGAACCGUGGCGAAAGCGACCACGUUCCAACCCGGUCCCGACGCCGACACAUGACAAACAUUAUAUUAGCACUUUGAUCGGUGAUAAUAUGAUGAUGAAAUCAGAAUCUGAAUAUAGUUCAGAAUAUUACGCCCUUAACCUCAAAAGUGAAAAGUGCGAACAAUGA